UUUACUUAAAAUUUUCUUAAAAAUUUAUAUACAAUAUUUUAUUUUGAAAUUUUAUAAACAAAUUCUAAAAAGUUAUUUUCAAGCAUUUUGCUGUAAAAUUUCAAUUUCAACAUGAAAAAAUCCAAAGGCAAGAGACCCAAAUUCAAUCCUCUAGAGCCCACAGAAAAACAAAAAGCCCGUAAGUUGGCCCAAGAAGCUAGAAAAAUAGCGUGGAAACGUAAAAGAAGACUAGAGGAAAAAAGUAGACAAUUAGUUAUAAUACCACCACGCGAUUUAACCGAAAAGCAAAGGGCCUGGAUACAGAAAAAUUGUCAACCCAAAUUUCGCCAGUACCCACGACCUUUACCUUCCUUUAGUAGAUGGGCCAAACGUGGACCCAUGACUCGCUCAGACUGGGUGAAAUUCUAUAAAUGGGCUGAUUUAAAAGCCGAAGCCAAACAGCUUCCCAAACCUCCCGAAGAACCCAAGAAAAAGCGCAAAAAACGUUUUAAAAUCACGCUGGAAGAUCUACUAGAAGAUAUAGAAAAACUGUCCGCACCAAAAAUGCCUCGUGAAAAAUAUCAAUUUCCGCAACCUAUUAAUUAUCCUUAUGCACCUAAAAUCCAUUGGAAUGAACCGGCUAAACGUGAUCCCGGCCGUCCUUUCCCCACUCCUAAAGUACCUUUCGAUUUUCAACAUAUAGAAUUGGAAAUUGAUUUUUGGUCAAAAUUACGUUUUCCUGUAAGACCUGAAGCUUUGCGUUAUACGCCUUCGAAAAAUAUAUUAAAUUUAUCACAACCACGUAUUACACCACCCUUGGAGCCGCAUUGUCCCAUACCCCCUAAACCGUUGGAAUAUGUAGAACCACGUAAACGUAUGACUAGAAGCCAGUGGAAGGAGCAUCAAAAACGAUUGGCAUAUCUAGCUAUGCCGGUUUAUCAUCCUACAAAGGACAUUUAUUAUUAAUGAUUUUUAAUGGUUUUUAAUAAAUUUUUCAAUUCAAAAACUGA